AUGGACCCGACGCUGGAACCGACGUCGGCGUGUCCUCUCGAGCGGUCAUUCUCCCAACAAAGCGCAGCGUCAACACGCUCGAUUCGAAGCAAUAGAAGUAAUCGGAGUACUACGCUUCGUGCCGGUCGCACCCGCCGACUCCCCAGCCAACCGAGCAGCUCGGCGAGUAGCAUCGCUGCUAGCGAUAAGUCGUUGACUAGCUUUCCUAGCUUCAGUCCCGAUCCUUCCAACCCGAAUCCUCUCGAAUACGAAGAUGAGCGCCUCAAAACCGCGACUCAGGAAUCCGAAAACAACCGCUCUAGGAACCUGAGCAACCGGGGUCUCUCCAUUGUAGACAGCCUGACAGGGAAGGGUUCGUCUCGAGAUGCGCUGUUUGAGGAUGCACCGUUACGACAAUCUAUCCCAGGGGCUUUGCACCAAGCUGAUGAUAGGCACAUCGAGCGACUUAUUUCUCGCCAUGGCGCCGUCCCGCUCGUUCGACAAAUUGCUGAGGAUUUGGCACAGCGAGAUGCUCAAAUUGCUGCACUUCGUCGACGAGCUGAUGAGCGAGAGAGGGCACUGAGAAAAAUUGUGAGGGAAUGUGGUCUGUCGAAUAUGGACUUGGAAAACCGAUUAAAGGCUGUUGAGACUGAGAUGCGAUCAAAUGAAAGGAGACAUAGCGACGGCGAGAAUGGCCUGACUGAUCUCAUGAGUGAUGCCAUGCAAGAUACCAUGGCGGCACACGCAUACGGGGAGACGGAGCGGAGAAGUGCAACCGUUCGCGCUGGUGGCAAUGCGGUACCUGGCAAAGGAACCAUUCGCGGAUGGAAAGAAUAUAUCUGGGGAAGCGGCACUGCAAAACGAGGAAGCCGGGCGAGCAGUGUGAACGGCGACAACUUGAACGCGGCUACCGUAAUACGCUCACAGUCGAGUAUGGACAGGCGGCCUACCUUGCAGGAUGAUCUUUUUACACCUCCACCGGAACCCAACACAAACGCAGAUGCGACCAGUUCAAGUCGCGCAUCGAGCAUUCAUUCUGCCGCCGUCUCUGAGCGAAAAUCAUCAGUAUCCCUGGCCAGCCUCGCGUUGCGUCUCGUGGCUGGAGGCACAGUUACGCCGAGAGACCCUGAAAGCAGAGGCAGAGCCGUGAGUGCAUCUGCUCGGAACGGAUCGAGAGCGGGAUCGACAGCGAGCGUCCGGACAGCCCAGUCCGCAAGGGUUGCGUCCAUGGCAGGAAAUCCCAAGGCCCUGAUGGCCAUGCGACGGACCUCACAGACACCACAGGCAUUGACCAGCACAAAAUCACAAGCACAGGACAUGUGGGGGAACAUGGCAAGCAGCCCGCCAAACCUCACAAAUGCACGCCAAGAAAGCUAUGGCCCUGUUGAAAUGGACGCCAUCUUACCUCCCGAAUCGCAACCUCCAACCUUGACUCACAUAUAUCAGAACAACGCACGUGGCGAGUUUCUAACGGAUAGAUUUGGGUUUAUUUAUGAUCAGCGCAGGAAGAAGCGGCAGCGAGAAGCAGCGCACAUGGCGAAUCAGAUGAAAGGCGGCCGUACUGAAAUGCUUACCAAUGGCCGCACGCGUAUAUCUCCGAAUCUCCUUGACGAUCUCCCAAGCCCCAAAUGGAGCGUCUCAAGCGGCGGGAGACCUGGUAGCCCCAACAGUCACGAGGAAAGGGUUGAAGACGACGGCAAGCCAAAGCGAUGGCAGGAUUACCUCAAAAUUGCCACCUUUCCAACCGAACUACUUAGCCACACUCCCAGCGUGAGUGCGUCUGCGUUGGAGGUAUUGGAAGGCACGGGCAGUUUGACGCCAGAAAUCCGGGAACCUGAGUCAGCCAAGGUGCCAAGUAUUACACCGACAACGGCUGGUUUAGUUCCUCCGCAGGCGAGUACGACGACUGCAAUUGAUAACGAAACUACGCAGCCCGCAGAGACAGAUGCAAAUGCCACGGCGGUCGUCAAGGAAGACACAGAACCUGUCAAACUCUUGCUGGAGCAGUUGAGCGAGGUACACGACUCAUUGCAGCGCGACAAGACAGUCAAAUGGAAUGACUUUUUACGCAAAGUAAGAGCCGAACGGCGACGCGAGGGCCAGGCCGCCGUGGCUGCUGCAGCUGCAGUCGCCGAAGCCCGUUACGAGACGCCGGCAAUGAUUCUUCCAGAAACACGAGUAGCAGACGGCGAAAUUAUCGGCAUAUCUGGUCUUGGAAACAAGGGCAAGGUGGGCCGGGCCAAAUGGAACGAGUUCAAAUCGCUGGUACUCGGCGGGAUACCAGUUGCUUUUCGCGCCAAGGUGUGGUCAGAAUGUUCUGGCGCGAACGGAAUGCGCAUUCCUGGAUACUACGAUGACCUGGUUGCACAAACUAGCAACGAUGAUGAUGAUGCGGCCGUGGUCAGUCAGAUUCAAAUGGACAUUCAUCGCACAUUGACAGACAACAUCUUCUUUCGAAAAGGGCCGGGAGUGCAGAAGCUGAAUGAACUGCUCCUGGCGUAUUCGCGGCGAAACAAGGAUGUUGGAUAUUGCCAGGGCAUGAAUUUGAUUGCGGCGAAUCUGCUUCUUAUCAUGCCUUCAGCAGAAGAUGCGUUUUGGAUCCUGGCGUCGAUUAUUGAACACAUUCUACCGCAGGGGUACUAUGAUCAGUCGCUCAUGGCGUCACGAGCCGACCAGCAAGUGCUGCGACAAUUUGUAUCGACGGUGCUUCCCAAGCUAUCGGCACACCUAGACUCGCUGUCGAUUGAGCUCGAGGCGCUGACGUUCCAAUGGUUUCUAUCGGUAUUCACCGACUGUCUUUGCGCGGAGGCGCUAUUUCGAGUGUGGGAUGUUGUGUUGUGCACGAAUGACGGCAGCACGUUUCUGUUCCAAAUUGCGCUGGCGCUUCUGAAGCUAAACGAGAGGAAUCUGCUGCAGUGCGACACGCCGGCAGGAGUGUACACGUAUAUCAACCACCACAUGACAGAGCACGCCAUCAGUAUAGAUGGACUGAUUCAGGCUGGAGAGGCGCUGCGACGAGUUGUGCGGCGCGAGGACAUUGAGCAGCGGCGCAAUAAGGCCAUACAGGCGGAGAAGGACAUGGUUGCAGAAAGAGAUGACGAUGCUCGAAAGCGGGACGCCAAGAAGGCGGCAGCACAAGCAGCAGCGGCAACUGCGGAGGGGGAUGCAGUGUUGAGGGUUGAAGAGCCACGGCCGAUAGAGGCAUGA